AUGGUAGGUCAACCACAAACAAGUUUACUUGUCACUGUCAAACGUACAAAUGAACAACGAUCAGUUGUUGAAAUAUGUUAUCCAAAAAAAUAUACAAAUCAAUAUUAUAAUAAUGAACGUUAUUUAAAUGAUUUUCCUAAUAUUACCGCUGAUAAUCAAAAAAUUCAAAAAAUUCGAACGUUUCAACCAAAAAGUACCUAUUACAAUAGUAAUAGAGCACGACAGUAUAAUAAAAACAACAGUCAUAUGCACCGUUUAAAUUAUUAUCAAAAUAAUUCAUGGAAAAAUAAUGAUAAUCGAUCAAUGUAUACAAAUAACUUUAAUGAAUCAUCAUUGUUAAAACCUGUACCACUCAUGGAUAUAAAAGAAAACAUAAUGCCGUCAGAUUAUUAUGUUCCCUAUUAUUGGCAUAAAUCGGAUAAUUUCCGACAAUCGAAUAAAACAAAGUCAAAGUACAAUAAUCGAGAACAACAACAAAAUGAACAACAAAAAACGAAUAAAACAAAGUCAAAGUACAAUAAUCGAGAACAACAACAAAAUGAACAACAAAAAACGAAUAAAACAACAUCAUUGUCUGCAAAAUAUACUAGAGCCGAUCUAGAUUGGGAUUAUUACGAUUUUGAACACGAUCUACCAGUACUCAUUUAG